CUCUUCCCCUUCCCUCUCUCUCUCUUUCCCUUUCUCUCUCUCUCUUCCCCUCCUCCCUCCCUCUCCUUUUUCCCUCUCUCUGUGUCUAUUUGUCUGCCCUCUCCUCUUUCUCUUCCUCUCUCUGCCUCUCUCCAUCUCCCUUUCCUUUUCCCCUCCCCUCUCUUUCUCUCUGUCUCUACCUUCUCUCCCCUUCCUCUCUGUGUCUGUCUGCCUGUCUCCCUCCUUUCCUUCCCCUCUCUUCCUCCCCCCCUUUUCUUUCUCUCUUUGUCUCUGUCUCUGUGUCUCUGAAUCUGUCUCUCUGUAUGUCUUUUUCUCUGUCUCUGUCUCUAUCUCUCUGUCUCUGUCUGUCUUUGUGUGUGUGUGUCUCUGUGCCUCUGUUUCUCUCUGUGUCUUUGUUUCUCUCUCUGUCUCUCUCUAUCUCUCUCCCUUCCUCACUCCUUCCCUCCUUCCCCCCCUCCUUUUUUUCUCUAACUCUACUUGGGAGAUAAUCAAAAAAUCUAUCAUCUAUCAGGGAUCCCUUUUUUUUUUUGUCUGUAUAACAAGUCCGACCUCAAUGGAUGAUAUAAAGAAUUCUUCCUGGUCUUACCAGCUUAUUCCAGAAGAUCCCUACAGAAAAUAUUGGAAUAGCACUGAGGACUAUCUGACUUUCUUCUGUGGCCCCCGGAGAAGUCAUUUGUUCCUGCCCAUGACGGUGGUGUAUACACUGAUCUUUGUGGUUGGGGUCACUGGCAAUCUCUUAGUAUGCCUGGUGAUUCUGAAACACCAGACUAUGAAGACUCCUACCAACUACUACCUUUUCAGCCUGGCCAUCUCAGACCUGUUGGUUCUGCUCUUCGGUAUGCCGUUAGAAAUCUAUGAAAUGUGGUAUAAUUACCCAUUUCUGUUUGGGCCUGUGGGUUGCUACUUCAAGACUGCUCUUUUCGAAACAGUGUGUUUUGCAUCCAUCCUGAGUGUGACUACAGUCAGCGUGGAACGUUAUGUGGCCAUCCUCCAUCCCUUCCGAGCCAAGUUGGAGAGUACACGACGGCGGGCCCUGAGGAUCCUUGUCAUCCUCUGGGUCUUCUCCAUUCUUUUUUCCCUACCUAACACAGGCAUACAUGGCAUCAAGGUCUAUCACUUCCCCAAUGGAACUUUGAUCCCAGAAUCAGCCAUCUGCACUGUGGUCAGACCCAUGUGGAUCUACAACUUUAUCAUCCAGGUGACUUCUUUCCUCUUUUAUGUCCUGCCCAUGGCUGUCAUGAGCAUUCUCUACUAUCUCAUGGGAAUGAGACUUCGGGGAGACCAAUCUCUUGAGGCUGAAGAAAUGGCUGCAACUGUUCAGAGACCCUCCAGAAAAUCAGUCACAAAGAUGCUGUUCAUCUUGGUCUUGGUAUUUGCCAUCUGCUGGACUCCAUUCCACAUUGACCGACUCUUCUUUAGCUUUGUGGAAGAAUGGACGGAAUCUCUGGCUUCAGUGUUCAACCUUAUCCAUGUAAUAUCAGGUGUUUUCUUCUACCUGAGUUCUGCUGUGAACCCCAUCAUCUACAACCUGCUCUCUCACCGAUUCCGUGCAGCCUUCGUAAAUGUGAUCUCUCCCUUGUGUAAGCACUGGCACGCAAAGCACUCUCUCAGUGGCCACUCUGCUCAUCAGGACCUGCCAUCUUGUGUCCUGCAUCAGGAGUGCCAUCUUGUAAAUGAAGAUGUUGAUUCCACAUUUUCUCACAAAACAUCAAUCCACAGCUCUCAUUUGUCCACUAUGCUCUGAACUCCACAGCCAAAGGUGACACAUGGUGUCUUUGAGUGGCUGCAUACCCAGGUGCCAUGAUCUUUAUAACAUUUAGAACUCAGUGUUAAGGAGUUCAA